AUGUAUCGCUUAGUUCCAAUGUGUGGCCUCAGUUUCAAACCAACGGCUCAAAAGCCAGUUGAAUAUAAAUAUGGUCCACGAUCUGUCACCAUCGGUGAUUUCGACAAUGAUACGGUUUUGGAUAUGGUUAUUGCCAAUUAUAUAGCCAACAAAAUAACGGUGUAUUUUGGAAAUGGUGAUAGCAGUUUUAGAAAUCCAACCAUGUAUCCAACAGGUUCCUACUCUAGUCCUUACAUGGUUACAGUCGGUGAUUUCAACAAUGACAACCGAUUGGAUAUUGCAGUAGCGAAUUUCGGCACUAACAAUAUCGGCAUCUUUCAUGGAUUUGGGAAUGGAUCUUUCUCAAAUCAAAUAGAGUUUUCAACAGGCUCAUCUCGCCCGAUAGCAAUUAUUGCCUUUGAUUUCAACAAUGACUCACUACUUGAUAUCGCUACCGCCAAUUAUGGAACUCACAGUGUUAGCAUACUCUAUGGAACUCACAAUGGAAAUUUUUCUCCUACAAUUACUUAUUCAACAGGUUAUGAUUCUCUUCCAUCUUCAUUAGCUGCUGGAGAUUUCAAUAACGACAACUAUGUAGAUCUCGCCAUCGCUAAUUAUGGCACGAACAAUGUUGGCAUACUUCUUGGAAAUAGUAAUAGAACUUUUGAAAAACAAAUUAUGUUUUCAACUGGCGUUGGUUCUCAUCCAUACUCAAUUGCGGUCGGCUAUUUCAAUGACGAUGGAUUCGUCGAUAUAGCUAUCGCUAACUCUGGAACUCAUGAAGUCGGUGUACUUCUGAACAAUGGCAAUAGAACUUUCGCUAAUCAAGCCAACUAUUCCAUCGGUUCCGCUUCUCCAUAUGCAAUUGGCAUUGGAGAUUUCAAUGAAGAUAAUCGAUUAGACAUUAUCAUAACUAACAACGGUAAUGAGAAUAUAGGUAUACUUCUUGGUUAUGGAAAUGGCAAAUUUAACGAUCCAGUUCCUUAUUCAACUGGAUCUUAUUCUUCGAUUUCAGUCGCAAUAGGCGAUCUCAACAAGGACCAUCGAUUAGACAUUGUCGUCGUAAACAAUGACACUGGUAGCAUAGAUAUUCUCCUUGGUGAUUACGGGGGUUUUUUAAAUCAAAUAAGAUAUCCACUUGGCUCUUAUCCAUAUUUUGUAGCUGUUAGUGAUUUCAACAAUGACACUCGACUAGAUAUCGUUGUCGCCAAUCCGGGUAGCAAUGAUGUGAGUGUCCUUCUUGGAUAUGGGAAUGGUUCUUUUGCAACUGCAACAAACUAUUCAGUUGGCUCUAAUCCACAAUCUGUAGCUGUUGGUGAUUUCAACAAUGACACUCGACUAGAUAUUGUUGUUGCCAAUUCGGGUACCAAGGAUGUGAGUGUCCUUCUUGGAUAUGGAAAUGGUUCUUUUGCAAAAGAAACAAGAUAUUUAGUUGACUCUUAUCCAACAUCUGUAGCUGUUGGUGAUUUCAACAAUGACACUCGACUAGAUAUCGUUGUCACCAAUGCGGGUAGCUAUGGUGUGAGUGUCCUUCUUGGAUAUGGGAAUGGUUCUUUUUCAGAACAAACAAGAUAUUCAGUUGGCUCUUUUCCAUAUUCUAUAGCUAUUGGUGAUUUCAACAAUGACACUCGACUAGAUAUCGUUGGCGCCAAUUAUGAAAGCAAUGAUGUGAGUGUCCUUCUUGGAUAUGGGAAUGGUUCUUUUGAAGAAAAAACAAGAUAUUUGGUUGGCUUUACUCCACAAUCUGUAGCCGUUGGUGAUUUCAACAAUGACACUCGACUAGAUAUCGUUGUUACCAAUUCGGGUACCAAGGAUGUGAGUGUCCUUCUUGGAUAUGGAAAUGGCUCUUUUGCAGAACAAACAAGAUAUUUAGUUGGCUCUUAUCCAAUAUCUGUAGCUGUUGGUGAUUUCAACAAUGACACUCAACUAGACAUCGUUGUCGCCAAUUGGUUAAGCAAUGAUGUGAGUGUCCUUCUUGGAUAUGGAAAUGGUUCUUUUGCAACUGCAACAAACUAUUCAGUUGGCUCUAAUCCACGAUCUGUAGCUGUUGGUGAUUUCAACAAUGACACUCGACUAGAUAUCAUUGUCGCCAAUCCGGGUAGCAGUGAUGUGAGUGUCCUGCUACAAUAUGGAGCGAUAGCAUAUAAAAUGGCCUACGCAUCUGGCGGUGGAUCUAGCCUAGAAUGUGUAGUGAUUGGUGAUUUGAAUAACGACACUAAUAUGGAUAUCGUCUUGGCUAAUUACGGCACUAAUAAUGUAGGCAUCCUUUUUGGAUAUGGAAAUGGCAAUUUCGAAAAUAAAAUGAUGCUUAACACUGGCUCAAAUUCUCAUCCGACUUCGAUUGCUAUUGGCGAUUUCAAUGGCGAUAGUGUAGUAGAUAUCGCUGUGGCUAAUUAUGGUACAAAGCAAGUAGUUAUGAUGCGAGGAUAUGAGAACAGAACAUUUCAAAGUCAAACAAGUGAAGGAAUUAGUUUUGAUUCACGUCCGUUAGCUAUGGCUUCUGAUGAUUUUAAUAAUGACAAACGAUCAGAAAUCGUUAUCGCUUACAAUGGAAGGGACAACGUGGAUAUCUUUGUUGCAUACAAUCGUGAUUCUUUUAUAAAACAAAUACGAUAUUCAGUUGGCUCUUUUCCAUAUUCUAUAGCUAUUGGUGAUUUCAACAAUGACACUCGACUAGAUAUCGUUGUUGCCAAUUAUUAUAGCAAUGAUGUGAGUGUCCUUCUUGGAUAUGAAAAUAGUUCUUUUGCAAAAGAAACAAGAUAUUCAGUUGGUUCUUCUCCAUUAUCUGUAGCUAUUGGUGAUUUUAAUAACGACAGUCGACUAGAUAUCGUUGUUGCCAAUUGGCGUAGCAAUGAUGUGAGUGUCCUUCUUGGAUAUGUAAAUGGUUCUUUUGCAAAAGAAACAAGAUAUUCAGUUGGUUCUUCUCCAUCAUCUGUAGCUAUUGGUGAUUUUAAUAACGACACUCGACUAGAUAUCGUUGUUGCCAAUUCGGAUAGCAAUGAUGUGAGCGUCCUUCUUGGAUAUGAAAAUGGUUCUUUUGCAAAAGAAACAAGAUAUUCAGUUGGUUCUUCUCCAUCAUCUGUAGCUAUUGGUGAUUUCAACAAUGAUACUCGACCGGAUAUCGUUGUCGCCAAGCCGGGUAGCAAUGAAGUGAGUGUCCUUCUUGGAUAUGGGAAUGGUUCUUUUGCAACUGCAACAAACUGUUCAGUUGGCUCUAAUCCACAAUCUGUAGCUGUUAGUGAUUUCAACAAUGACACUCAACUAGAUAUCGUUGUCGCCAAUGGGGAUAGCAGUGAUUUGAGUGUCCUUCUUGGAUAUGGGAAUGGUUCUUUUGCAAAAGAAAUAAGAUAUUUAGUUGGCUCUUUUCCACAAUCUGUAGCUAUUGGUGAUUUCAACAAUGACACUCGACUAGAUAUCGUUGUUGCCAAUUAUUUUAGCAAUGAUGUGAGUGUCCUUCUUGGGUAUGAAAAUGGUUCUUUUGCAAAAGAAACAAGAUAUUUAGUUGGCACUUAUCCAACAUCUGUAGCUAUUGGUGAUUUCAACAAUGACACUCGACUAGAUAUUGUUGUCGCCAAUUAUUUUAGCAAUGAUGUGAGUGUCCUUCUUGGCUAUGACUAUAUAGUUUUUGUAAAGCAAAUGAUGCUCGUGACUGGAAAUGGUUCCCGACCUCAGUCAUUAGUGAUUAGCGAUUUUAACAAUGAUGGUCUAAUGGAUAUCGGCGUCGUCAAUUCACUUACCCACAAUAUUGGUAUUUUUCUUUCAUAUGGCAAUAUAUCUUUUACAAAUCAACUGACAUAUUCAACUCGCCCAUAUUUAUAUCCAUGCACUAUGGCUGUUGGUGAUUUCAACAAUGAUACUCAAGUAGAUAUCGUUUUUAAUAGUUGUAACUCGGACACUGUUGGUGUUUUUCUUGGAUAUGGCAAUGGCUCAUUUGGAAAUGUGAUGUCGUAUUCAACAGGUUUAAUUUCCACUCGAUACUCUCUAGCUGUUGGUGAUCUUAACAACGAUACUAUACUAGACAUUGUCGUCGCGAUUUAUGACAACAACAAUCUAGGUGUAUUUCUUGGAUAUGGUAGCGGCACAUUUGCAAGUAUCAUCCUAUUUCCGUUGGACUAUGGAUCCAAUCCAUUUUCCAUUGUCGUUGGAGACUUCAACAAUGACAGGAAACUAGAUAUUGCCGUUGCUAAUAAUGGAACUGACAGUUUAAAUAUUCUCUUACAGACUUGUUAG